AUGGCCUCUGAUGCUCCUGCCGACCCGUGGUCGGCGCCUGACAACGACCCUUGGAACACCAGUGCGUGGACCGGUGAAGGGGCUCACAGUGUGCGCCCUGGUGAUGUGUAUGAGCCCAAUGCAGAAGCGAGUGUGCAAGAGCAGACCGAAGCUGGACCUCAGUCUAGUGGGAACCAAGAGCCCGGGGGAGGCGCCGACGCGCCUGCAGUGGAUUCUUGGCGUGGGUCAGACUGGGCCCAGCGACGUGUUGACAACAGCAGCGAUGGAAGUUCUGGUGAUGCGACUACUACGGGCGAUCGCCGGGCUUCCGACGGAUCCUGGAAGUCCUGGACUACGUGGCAGUCCUGGCCCCAGCAGUGGCACGGAGGACGGUGGGGAGAUCACUGGGGAAACGACCGUAGCGGAUGGUACCGAUACUACUGGAGCGACGGCGACCCUACUUCGUGGCCUACCAAUACCUCCGGGACUGCCCCAACGAGCUUCGCGACUGAUCCGUCUUCUACGACAUGGAAUUCUGGCGGCCCCGGGACUACAAGUACCCCCGGGACACCUCCUACGGCGACUGCGCCCCUUCCUUCUUCUACCCGUUCCGGGAGUUUGUCUACAGCGACUGAGAGGACUGCGGGAGAACCUGCAGUGCAAGGCGGGAUGAAGGGCCCCACCGAGAAGUUGUUGAUCCCUACAUUUAGCGGGGACUGCGAAGGUGGCAAUGAACUUGGGACGUCGGCUCGGAGCUACCUUCGGCAAAUAGCCGCGUGGGAGAAGAUGACGAAGCUCUCCGCGGGGCAGAAAGCUUUGGUUCUAUAUCAGAACCUGCAAGGCUCAGCAUGGGUGAAUGCAGAGUCUUUGUGCGUGGAGGACUUGGCAAGCGACUCUGGCGUGACCUACCUCAAGGAUUGGAUUCGGCAGCACUACUUGGACGUGGAGGUGACUCAGGUGGGUCGCUCAUUGAGCGACCUGUUCAGAAAGCUGGUCACAGAAUGCGGCUGCACCCUCCCAGAUGUGGCGAAUGCUUGGCUCUUCGUGGAUCGGGCCAAUCUUGAUGAGACCACUGAGGUGUCCCUUCUCGCCUCAGUGGGUAACAAGUACGCCCUUCGGGAACUACAACAGGCUGCGAUAGUGCUCGACAGGUCUAUCCGCAAGCCCUGGGAGAAGGGGACUCGUGGAGAUGCUCCUGGCAACCGGCGCUUCAACUCCGUGAACCUCGCUGCCGACGGCGUCUUCGACGAAGAUGAUGAGGGCGAGGAGGACGCGAUGCUCGAGGACCAGGUCGGGCAGGACACCGGCGAGCUCUACAUCUCCUACAUGACGGCCAAGGCUAAGUACAGAGAUGCUGCAAGGUCGAGGGGAGGCGGCGGAAAGAAGUUCGACACCCAAGCUGUGAAGAAGGCCGCCGAAGCCAAGAUCCUCCUGGCUAAGUCCAAAAGUCAUUGCGCUUCCUGUGGCAAGAAAGGGCACUGGCAUCGGGAUCCUGUGUGUCCUAACUACGAGGCCAACACCGCUGCCGCGAACAAGGCCCAGACCGUGCACGUGACCAACGAGAUCUACGAGCUCACCGCGUGCGGGGACAGCAGUGACCUUUAUGCCAUCCUGGACUCAGCCUGCUCAAAGACCGUUGUGGGCACCGGAUGGCUCGAGCGGUACCUUGCCAGCAUCAAGGAGAAAGGCUUCGAGUGCGAGUUUGUGUACGAGCGUGAGUGCUUCAAGUUCGGAGCGGCGAACCGCAUCUAUGAGUCGACCUAUGCGGCGGUGAUCAUGAUGAAUGUGCUGGGCAAGUGGCUUGGAGUGAAAGCCGCCGUGAUACAUGGAGACCUGCCACUCCUGAUGUCGCGACCGGCUCUUGGGCACCUCGGCUUAGUGCUCGACCUUGGGCUUGGCAAGGCCCACUUCCGGAAGCUCGGCGAAGGCGAGCUCACUUUGCUCGAGACCUCGAGCGGGCACCCGGCCAUCUGCAUCGACUACGGCAAUCCUGACAAGCCCGACGUUUCGCAACUUCCCAAAAGCUGGGAGCCGCACGGCAAGCGCCUCCUCCUGACCCUUUCGCUGCGCGGCAUGGACAGCGGCGCCCCUCCGAUUGCGGUAUGGAAGAUGACGAAGGUCCAGCUGCUAGCCGAAGCCAACCGCCGGGGUCUAGCAGUCAAUUCGAAGUGGACGUGCCCGGAACUCAGGACGGUCCUCACCAACGACUCGGACUACCACCGCGGCCCGUCGGAAGUUCCCAAGGGCCUCAGCUCGAUGACGAUCGCGGAGCUUCGCCAGGAAGCGGACAACCUGAAGAUCCCACUCGGUGCGAAGGAGACCAAGGGAAGCCUCAUGCUGAAGAUCAGGGACACGACGGCCCCCGACUCGACGGUGAUGACGAUAGGAAGGUUCCGCGGCAGCAGCUACAUGGACAUCCCCGAGAACUACGGAGCGUGGGCCUCGGAGGAAGAGCGGAAGAACGGGAACAACAUGUCCCCGGACCUGAAGCGGUUCGUCACCUGGCGGCGACACCGGCGAGCUCAAGGGUCGAGGGCCACUGCAUCGAGCCGCGGCUACCGGGACCCAGAGAUGGACGCGAUGGUGCCACCACCCCCUCUGAGCGAGACCGGGUCUUCGGUGUGGGGCGUGGUCGAGGAUCCAAGCGGGUCGUUGACGAACUGGCGGCCCAUUCCGCCCUCGAGCUCGAGGGGACUUCACGAUUGGCGACCGGAGGCUCCAGCGAACCCCGUGACACCGUUCACCAAGGCGAAGGCGACCAGGCGCGAGAGAUCACCAGAAGGGAAGGCCCGCAUGGAGCAGGACGUGGACCCCGAGACGCUGGAGGAGAUCCGCACACUGGAGGCGAGGCUGGCGGCUCUCAAGGAGGCAUUUCUCUCUCGGGGGGCCCUCACCAAGCUUGGUGAGGAUGUCACCGGGGCACGACACCACAACGAACACCCUGGCGAACUGGCCGCCACCCAGGCCCUACGUGAAGGCGACUUUUCCUUUGAGCGCACUGCGGAGAUCCUCGACCUCUACGACUUCAAAGGGUGCCCUAUGCGAAGGCCCAACAUCCACGAGGCGCCGGACGGGACCAGGGUUGCGAUCGGGUACUACGCGUACGGCGCCUUCAAGGGGGUUUGCAAGCAGACAACAAGGUGGGCGAACUUGACGCUCUACUUGAACCGUCUCCUUCGGGAACACACAGGAGGUGAUGGAGGAAAUGAGCGCCGCACCUAUUGGAGCGCCAUCACGGUGCUUCGUGACUGCCCGGCAGCCAUGCACACCGACAAGAACAACCUGAAGGGCUCCCCCAACUUUGUCGUGAGCUUCGGAGGAGGACCUGGGGGUGGACUGUGGGUCGAGAGCCCAGGCGGAGGCAUAUGGAGGAGAGACCAUGCCGGGAACGACAUCGAGGGCGAGAUCGUGGACACCGACCGGCAGGUGUGCGAAUUCGACCCCCGCGCACGGCAUGCCUCCGAACCUUCCGCCGGAGGACGCUGGACCAUCGCAGCGUACACGCCGAGGACCUUCCCCGACGCCAACAAGACCGAGAAGAAGGUGCUCAGGAACCUUGGUUUCCCGUUGCCCACGGCUAGCGACAUCCGGGAGACCCGCAUCGACCAUGCCAAGUGGAACGAAGUACCCAAGGUUCCGGGGUCAUCCCAGUCCGUCGUGAAACCCCGUCGCAGCCAGCGACGUGCCAUGUGGAAGACUGCCGCCUUCUUGAGCGUGAUGUUCAAUGCGGUGCUGGCCUCCAUGAACGGGGCGGCGUGCGAGGCGGUACCAGUUGGGACCGCACCCGCGGUGUCGCUACUUGAGGUUGGAGGCUUGAGUGCAACCUGCCGAGUGGCAGAAUACGGAGGCGAUCACAUCAAAGUCGUUGAGCCUAUCCUCCCGGACGACCUGAACUACGACGACCACCCUGAGGAUGCUCCGUUUGGGAUCGUCGAGACGGCGGUGAUCCGUCACCGUCCCGGGCAGCUUUGGAUGCACGUGAUCCCCAACUGGAAGUACCCGGACGUCUACAAUGAUGUGGUCGACGCAGUGGGACGACAACUACGCGAAGGAGGAGCUGUGAUCUUCGAGAAGAACAUCGAUGAUGACGAGGUGUGGGAGUCCCUCACCGGUGGAUGGAGCGACCAAGGCUACUUCACCCAGACCGACUUCGACGAGGACGGCAACGAGCUGCUGCGCGUGUUCUACGACGCGGAGUUUCCCCGCAUCAACGAGGUCCUCGCCGGGGAGAUUGCCGACGAGGAGGAAAUCGGCGAGGGCGAGCCCGAUGGAGCACCGGGCGAAGUCGAACGAGAUCAAGAUGAAGGAGGCGAGCGGGGAGCCAAGGCCAUCACAUUCCCCGCUUCUGUUCCGGGAAAGAUUGCGAGCAGUCUUCGCCGCCUCCACCAGAACUUGGGGCACCCUAGUGCCAUCGACUUCUGCCGCCACCUACGACUCGCAGGUGCGACUCGGGAAGUGCUGAAGGCCGCCAAGAGCCUGAACUGCGAAGUGUGUCGCAGAGCAAAGGCCCCUGCGAUCGCCAAGCCUGCUAAGGUUGCCCCGUGUCUGCGGUUCAACCAGAUGAUCGGUGCCGAUAUCUUCUACGUCCACGACUCCGGCGGCGAUCGCCACCAACUACUGUCCCUGGUCGACUUCUCCUCCUCAUAUCACGUUGUUGUGAAGAUUGCCCGCAAGGACACGGCCACCUUAGAAAAGGCGUACUGUGAACAUUGGUUGAACGUGUUUGGGGCACCAGACGUGAUCGCGGUGGACUUGGAGAACGGGCUCGAAAAGGCUCUGGCCCGGGUUGGAGAUUGGACCGGCGCACGGCUGCGUAAUGCCGCGGGACAGGCUCACUACCAGGCCGGUUACACAGAGCGACAAGGAGGCAUAUGGAAGGCAACUUUUGCCAAACUCUGUGACGAGCUCUCCGUCGGCAAGGCCGACAUUGAAGUGGCCAUUGGUGCUGUUUCCAGCGCGAAGAAUAAGUUGGCCAAGGUCAGUGGAUACAGCCCGGCUCAACACGUGUUCGGCUACAUCGCGAACGACCCCGACGACCUCCUUAACGGACCCCAUGCUGGAGAUCCCGGAGAUGACCCUAUUAUCGACGACCGCCAUGCUCGUGAAGUGGCCGUCCGGCACUCCGCGAGGGCCGCCUACUACCAUGUCCAGUCUGACGAGCGAGUACGGAGAGCCCUGGCGGGACGCAGCAGGGUGACCGCGAGACCUCCUGAGUGCGGGGAGCGAGUUUUCUACUAUCGCAAGACCAAGAACAACAAGCGUGGAGUGUGGAUGGGUCCUGGGACCGUGAUCGGGUAUGAAGGGGUGAACGCCUGGGUCACCCGUGGUGGGCGCUGCAUUUUGUGCUCCCCAGAGCACAUCAGGCUUGCGACUCCGGAAGAACUUGGUCAAGCCUUUAGCCUACGAGCCGCCCGCGACGACCUGGACCGCCUCCUCAACCUCGACGAUGAGGAGCAAGCCUUUGAGGAGGAUGUCGAGGGUGGAGUGGGCUACAUCGACCCCGGCGACGAGGAAAUGGAGGAACCCGACCUCCCGAUGGCUGAAGUGGAGCACGGCGAGCCCGACCCACCUCUACAAGGAGUACGUCGUGGAGCGGACCACCCGGGCCCGGUGGUGUUCAAGCGACAACGACGAAAGGGAAGACAAGGUGACGCGCAUGGUGUCCUCAUGAUGAAGCGAGCUCGCACGAAGCGGUCUCGAGAAAAGGCCCUCGAGAAGGAGAUCCCCUGGGAGCUCAUCCCGGAGGACAUCCGCCCCAGGUUUCGUGCUGCCGAAGGAGUUCAGUGGGCCGAACACGUCGACAACCAGGCGAUCAAGGUGCUGAGCGUUGCCGAGUUUGCCUACAAAGACAAGCACAUGGGCCUUCGACGAGUCGACCCCACGGCUGAUUGGAAGCCAAAGUCGCGCCUGGUGAUUGCUGGGCACUUAGACCCAGACGCGGGGGACAGCAGCAUCCACACGGACUCCCCGACGGUGGCCCGAUCCUCGCUGCUGACCGUGCUACAGAUUUGCGCCACCAAUGGAUGGACUGCGGCAGCGGGCGAUGUGCAAGCCGCUUUUCUGCAAGGCGUGGAGCUCAAGAGGGAACUGUGGAUGUGGUUCGACCGCCUGUUCGGGGUGCUAACCAGCGAGGUGCUCGACUACGAAGGAAAGGAGUACCGCCUUGUGCCCAGCCCGCUGGACGCUUGCGUGCUUAUGAUGAAGGAGGUUGGCAAGGACUCCGAGCCCAUCGCCCUGCUCACCGUCCACGUUGACGACAUCCUCAUCGGAGCUCCGACGGGCGUCAACAGGUUCCUCCAGAAGGAGAUCAGUCGACUCUUUCCGGUCGACGACUGGAUCGAGGGGGCCUUCGAGUACACAGGGUCCUUCAUCAAUGUCGACGAUGAGGGGAUCACCGUGAACCAGGCAAACUUCGUGGAUGGAAGGCUCUUCACCGUGGAAGUGCCCAAGAACCAGGAUGGGAAGUCGCCCGCCGACGAGGAGCAGACCAUCGACAACAGGUCCUUGUUGGGGGCGCUCAGUUGGUUGAGCAGCCAGAGCCGUCCCGACCUGGCAUGUGGAGUGGCGAUGUCUCAGCAGCUCCAGCGCGCUCCUUCCACAGAAGACGUGCGCUUUGUGAACCGGCUCACCGCCAAGGCGAAGGAACACCGCGAGCACGGAGUAUACCUACGAAGGGUGGACGCGAACGACGCCGUGUUCAUCGCCUACCACGACGCUGGAUGGGCCAACGCCGACCUCGAGGAGGACGAGAGCGACUUCCGCCUGACCCCGCAAGAGGUGUCCGGCGGCACGAUUCGGGAGUUCUACGACGAGGACAGACCCAGGCGGCCCAAACGACCUGGGUCCAAGGUGGCGUCCCAAAUAGGACACCUCAUCAUGCUCUUUCCCUACAAGAUCCUCCACGGGGAGCACGCCCGCGGAAGUACGCUGGAGUGGCGCAGCCAGAGUUGCAAGCGAGUGUGCAGGUCGACCUUUGGGGCCGAGACCAUGGCAGCGGCUGAAGGACUGGAGGGAGCCCAGUACAUGAGGGCACUGUUCGGCACACUGCUCACUGGGCGCCUAAUGGGACAUGCUGAAGCUCGACGACGGUGGCCCAUCGUCUGCUUGUCUGAUUGCAAGUCCUUGUUUGAUUUCCUGCAUAAGGCUGGAGUACCGAAGGUGCCCACAGACCGAAGGUUAGCCAUAGACUUGGCAGCCCUCAGACAGGAGCUGCGACUUGAGAAGUGGUGCGAUCGUUUGCCUUUCCAGUGGAUACCCACUUCGAUCCAACUUGCCGAUCCGCUCACCAAGCCCAAACGGGUAGAAGGAUGGUGGGAAGCAUUAGCGAACGGAGUACAGUUACCGUUCAGGAAAGACCUUUUCCGAAAGGACGAGGAGAGUUUUAACCAGUGUAAACGUGAAGAUUCCGUUGCUUGCAGGCAGCAUCGCUGA